AUGGGCGGUUGGGAUGUGUAUUGCGCGAUAUGUGGCUCGACAUUCGACAGCAGGGUCUCUAUUGAUUCCGAUGACGAGACUGAUGCAACGUAUAGCGGAGAAGUCAUUGGAGAUAGUGAUCUUAAGUGGCUAGAAAGGCUCUGCGCUCUUGGUAUCAAUCCUAAUAUCUCUGGAGAAAGAAAAUCUUUUAUCACAAGCCAAGGCAGUUAUGCAGAUGCUGGUUAUAUCGAUGUAGCUCAAGGCGACGAUCCUAACGUUCCCCUUGAUGAAAGAGGCAAUGUAUCUGGCUUGUACGCAUACCAUGAUUUUACCCAGGAAAGCCUAAUUGUCUUCCCUUUUCAUGAAGUCUGCUAUAAGGAAAUCCUCCUCCGAUGUUUCAAAAAUGAAAAGAUAAAUGCAGACGUCCUUUAUGCUCUCUGCGAAGAGAUGAGGCAAGAUCGACAUAAUGCGUUGGCGUUGGACUACGGUGAUCCCUUUCCGCCCUACGAGCAAUAUUGGGAAUGCAACAAGGGCGAAGAGGUCCUGGUGACGCAUCCCGUCGACAUACCUCAACUAGCGGUCCACCUGAGAGUAAUCCCAGAACUCCUUGGGGAAGCUGAAAAGGAAGGGACCGAGUCUAGGACCGAGUCUAGGACUGUACAAGACAGAUACGACAUAUUCGACAAGCUACCCUUUGAACUUUGUCAAAACAUAUUCAACCUCCUCCCAAUCGCAUCCAUUCUGGCUGUCAAGGCUGCAUCAUAUUCAAUGCAUACUUGUCCGUACAUGUCUUGGAAACAAAAGCUGGAAACUGACAUGCCUUGGCUUUGGGAAGUCCAUGAUAUUGACCCGUUCAAGUCACAGGCGAUGGAGGCCGGACUUUCUAAGAUAUUUGAGGAAGUUGAAAAAAAGAGUCGAUAUAACAAAGAGAUGGUGGAUUACAUCCCUGGACUUGUGAAUCGCAGGCGGAUUUGGACGGUUUGUGAGGAUAUUAGAAGUUUGUACCAUGACAAACUAGCAGAAUCGCAAGGGCAUCAGCUUGGUAGUACGGCGAAUCUAGCUGCUACCAGGGCUCUUUUCGCUGCUUUCAAUGAAAAGUCUCCUAGACCCUGA